GCUUUCUUCCGGGUUUGCACAGGAGACCUGAGCAUGAGGCGGGUCACCCUGUUUGUGAGGGGAAGCCCGUUGCACGGAAAGGUGAUUCCAGUCACUGGGUCGCUCUCAGACCUGCUCUCCCUGGCCAGCAUCACAUUUGGAAUCCAAGCAACGCAAGUGUUCAAUGAAAAUGGAGGACAGAUAGAUGACAUCUCUCUCAUCCGAGAUGAUGAUGUCCUCUACGUGGCUGAGGAGGAGUCAGAAGUUGACCCAAUGGCCAGUUUUGAGAUCCCUGAGCAACUAACAGGCGGUCAUACAGACUGGUUAACCCUUAAUGUGGGAGGUCGAUAUUUUACCACUACAAGGAGCACACUUGUCAGUAAGGAGCCAGACAGCAUGCUGUCCCACAUGUUCAGUGAUGGAGAUGCCUGGGGAAAUAAAAGGGAUCAUACAGGUGCGUUCCUGAUUGACCGUAGCCCGGAAUAUUUUGAGCCGAUCCUAAACUUCCUGCGUCACGGGCAGCUAAUUGUCAAUGAUGGAGUCAACCUGCUGGGAGUACUGGAAGAGGCCAAGUUCUUUGGCAUUGAUUCUUUGAUAGAACACUUAGAAGUGGCCAUAAAGAAUUCCCAACCUGCAGAUGAUCAUUCUCCCAUCUCCCGUAAAGAGUUUAUUCGGUUCCUUUUAGCCACUCCCACCAAAUCAGAAUUGCGUUGCCAGGGUCUCAAUUUCAGUGGUGCUGACCUCUCUCGCUUGGACCUAAGAUAUAUAAACUUUAAGAUGGCCAACCUAAGUCGAUGCAAUCUGGCUCAUGCAAAUCUAUGUGGAUCCUGCUUGGAGAGGGCUGACCUCUCUGGAUCUGUACUGGAUGGGGCCAAUCUCCAGGGUGUGAAGAUGCUCUGCUCCAAUGCAGAAGGGGCGUCUCUUAAAGGAUGUAAUUUUGAGGACCCAUCUGGCUUAAAAGCAAAUUUAGAAGGUGCUAAUCUGAAGGGCGUUGACAUGGAAGGCAGUCAGAUGACUGGGAUUAACCUACGUGUAGCAACUCUUAAAAAUGCCAAACUGAAAAACUGCAACCUACGGGGCGCUACCCUGGCAGGAACAGACCUAGAGAACUGUGACCUCUCGGGAUGUGACCUGCAGGAAGCCAAUCUCCGGGGCUCCAAUGUCAAAGGGGCCAUCUUUGAAGAGAUGCUGACCCCAUUGCACAUGUCUCAGAGUGUCAGAUAGAGAGACAUAUACAGGAUCACUCCGUUUAUAGCACUACAGAGCCUGCCUCUUGCAUUGCAGGUGUGAUGGAGUCCGCCUGUUUGUCAGAGAGUGCAGCACUUAUUUAAGUAUUCCUGGACUGAAUCCUAUUAUCCUAUAUUGUUCUGUUGCACAACCAGAAGUAUUUAAUCCAUGUGUUUCAUAGCCUACUGCAAACACAAGCUCACAUGCAUGCUUAGGCCCAAAUGACUGGUACUAUAGCAGAAUUAUAUAUUCCGUAAUUAAUAAAAAUAUAUAUAUAUAUAUAUAUAUAUAUAUAUAUAUAUAUAUAUAUACAGUAUAUAUUUAUUUAUUGCAACACCGCAGACAGUAUUAUUCAUAACGAAAUGAAGUCACCAAGGUCUUUAGAGAGCAGGAAUAAAUAUGUACAUUUAUUACCAGGAGACUAACGUUUCCGCUAGCAAUCUAGCCUUUCUCAAAGUGCUAAUACAAACAACGAGAGUGCUUAAUAUACCCAUACUGCCCAGUAUAUAAGGCACUCUUGUUUGUAUUAGCACUUUGAAAAAGGCUAGAUUGCUAGCCGUUACAAUCCUGAACUCAUGCAAUCAAUGAGCUAUCUGCACCUAAUAGGUGAUUAUUUAUUACAUGUCCUAUCUUUCAACAGCCAGUGGAAGAGUUGAGUUGUUUCCUAACUGGCUGAUGAUGGGGUUGCCACUAUUAGUAAUUAAUGAUGGCAAAAUGGGCAUUUAUGUACAUACGCAAGCCCACUUUUGUUGUUAGCAUAGCACAUAAACCAUUAUACAGAGUAUCCAUGGCAUUCCUGGCCUGCACCUCUAUAAUCAUAAUAAAUUGAGGCUGCGCUAUGGAUGCUGGAGCCCUCGCAAGCAUAUGUAAAAGUCCAGAUCUGUUGCAGACAUUAGGGGACAGAUUUAUCAAGGGUCGAAUUUUCGAAGUAAAAAAUACUUUGAAAUUCGACCAUCGAAUUAAAAUACUUUGAAUUUGGCAAUCGAACGAUCGAAGUAAAAUCGUUCGAUCGUACGAUUAAAUCAUUCCAAUCGAAUGAUUUCAGCGAUUUCUAAAGACUUAGAAAACUGCUCUAGAAGGUCCCCAUAGGCUAACAUAGCACUUCGGCAGGUUUAAUUUGGCGAAGUAUUGAAGUCAAAGUUUUUUUAAAGAGAUAGUACUUUGAUUAUCGAAUGGUCGAAUAUUCGAACGAUUUUUACUUUGAAUCGAAGUUGAAGUAAAUUCGAAGUCGUAGUAUCCUAUUCGAUGGUCGAAGUAUCUAAAAAAUUACUUUGACUUUCGUUUUUUUUUUUUACUUCGAAAAUUCCCUCGAAUUCACUUCGACCCUUGAUAAAUCUGCCCCUAGGAGUCACUUUGUGCCUUAAAGUCACAACUGCUUCUGAAAGAGAUUUUCAGUUAUGCAAAGUUAUGACCGUAGCGUGCAUUGAACUGUUAUCCUUUCCCUUAUAUACAAUAAAUAUUUUUUUGAGUAAA